UUUGGCUGUGGCUUCGGCGGAAUGGGAAUGGGAAUGUAUGGUGGCUAUGGUGGAUUUGGAUUCCCUGGAUACAUGGGCUAUGGAAUGGGAAUGGGUAUGGGUAUGGGUAUGGGUUACGGUGCAUACGGUAUGGGAUACGGUUAUGGCUACGGAUACGGUCUCGGAUGCUGUGGGAAGAAGUAA